AUGGAGACGCCCAUCGAGCGGGAGAUCCGCCGCAGCUGCGAACGCGAGGAGAGCCUGCGCCGGAGCCGCGGCCUGAGCCCGGGUCGCGCGGCCCAGGAGCUGGUGGCGCUGCGCGUGCGGCCGGUGCUCACGCGGCCCGGCCCGGGCCCCGCGCGGCCGCGCGCCUUGGAGCGCGCGCGGGCCGGAGCGCAGAUGCAGCGCGACAUCGCGCGCGAGGCUCACCGGCAGGCGGCGCUCGCGCCCCCCGCGGCCCCCGAGCCCCACGCCCCGCCGCCGCCGCUGGGCGAGCUCAGGCGCUUCUUUGAGGCCGCCGCGGGGAGCGGCUCGUCCGCAGCGUCGGAGGGCAGCGCGGGAUCGCAGCGGCUGUCCGAUCCUCCCGCAGGCCGGCCGCGAUCGGCCGUGCAGGGCCGGUGCCCUGGGCUGCCGCGCGCCCCGCCGCCUGGCGCGCCUUCGCUGCUGGAGCUGGAGGUGCGCGAGGCGCUGGAGCGCGAGCGAGAGCUGCUGCGCCAGCGACACUGCAUCUAUGGCACCGCCGAGUUCAAGGAGCCCGCGCCCAGCCUCACCACGAGCAGAGGCGACGGAAAAUUGGCGGUGAUCUGGCCCCCCCCCAGAAAGAUCUCAGAGAAUGGCCUGGAACAGGAAGAGCGCAAACCUUGA